AAGCUGAAUACAUGUUUAAAGUUUUACUUAUUUCUACCAUACUGACAAUACUUAUUUCAUUUUAAGUCUACUUGAAAUCUUGAUGUGCAAACCGAACAAAUACCUGUUGAACUAAUGCUUUUUGUUUGAAGAACAUUGUGGUGCAAAAGCAUAUUAACAAUAGCAUCAUAUAAAAUCUCUUCAUUUAUUUCUAAUUGGGUAUUGGGACCAUUAUGAAGAUAGGGUUUCUUCACCAAUAAAGAAAUAACAUCAUAUCUUUGCUCUACUCAUGCUUCUCUUCCCUCAUGUUGCAGGUCAAUUUUGUAGCUACCUCUGCUGUGAAAGCACUUGAAAGGCCAGAACUGCUCUCCCCCAACGAAUUGCACGCUAGGUUUAGAGAUCAGCUUAACAAAUUUAAGUCUUCCAUAGAGAAAACUGAAUUCUGCAGCCUUGGCACCAAGGGGAAAUCCGUGUUGCCUGCUACCAGCAGCUCUUCAAAUCUACAAACAGACAAUACCAAAGUUGCUUAGUUAUUGUAGUUACUUUUCUUUCACUCAAUUCUUUCUCCUGAGGCCAAAAAUUAAAAAAAAAAAAAAUGAACUUUUCUCACAAUUAUUUUACAAUCACUGUUUCACAUUUUUCUGUUGUACACAUAAAAAUAAGAUGACAUUUUUACA